AUGCCAGCGGCUGCUGAUGACACCAGAAGUUACAAAAGUCAGGAAGGGUCCUCCCCUGGAGCCUUCAGCAGGAUCACGGCCCUGUUGACAUUCGAGGCUGUGCAAGCUGGAGUCCACGCCUGCCACAGGAGCUCCCGCCUCCAGGGGAGCCUGUCUGCAGGCAGCUCUGAUUUUCGGAAAGCCGACAGCUACACUGCCUGCGACCCUGCCUUUAAGCCGAUGGCUACGCUGCCUUCAAAGCAGCUACAAAACUCCGAGAGCAAGUCGGCCGUUUUCUACAUCUGGAAGCUGGCCGGGCUCCUUCUCGGAUUUAUCGCAGGCAGGCAGCCGCUGACCCCUCCCUUUGCUAUUGGAGGUGGCUGCCCCGCCCCAGAGGCGCUCCUGCCACACGCCCCUCCGAGGGGGAUGCCUCCAGCCACUUGUCCACAGCCUCGGGAGUCCCCACAGCAGAGGCAGCCACGGGAGGAACAUGGAAACGGAGCAAGGGGAGGGACGGGAGCUCUCAGCCCUGCCUGCAGGAGCACUCAGAGACACACAUCACAGAACUGGGUCGCAGUGCUGGGGAUCCAGGACGGGAGGGCCUCACAGAUGCCCAGAAGGUUCAGAGGAAGCAGCUGCAGUUUCCGGAAUGUGCCAGGCUCCCUGGUGCUUUUGAGUGUCUGCAAGUGUGGCCCCCCUGCCUGAAACACCCCACCCUCCUGCUGGUCUGGCCACCUCCCAGUCAGCCUUGUCCAGUUACGUUUUCCUGCCUCGCUUCCCCACAGAGCGAGUGUGGCCCCUCUCAGCUCUCCCAGCCCCUCACCCUUGGGCCUCUAGUUUGGCAGCUGUCACAUGAGCUACAGUCAUGACUGGUCUGUCACCCAUUGCAGACGGGGCUCCUGGAAGGGUGAUGCUACGGCUCCCCCGGCCUCUAGCAUGGGCCCAGCACAGAAUAGGAGCUGAGGAAAUGUUUGCAGCAAGAGGUAAAACUGCUUCACAGUAUGUGUUAUGAGUUGAACUGUUUCCCCCCAAAAGAUAUGUUGAAGUCUUAUGACCUGAAUUGUGUUUCUCCAACAUCCAUACCCCUGUACCUCAGGAUGUGACUGCAUUUGGAGAAAGGGCCUUUAAAGAAGUAGUGUAAUUAAGUUAAAAUGAGGUCUUGUGGGUGGGCUGUAAUCCCAUCUGCCUGGAGUCCUUACGAGAAGGGAAGAUAUGGACAUAGCCACGCCCGGAGGAAAGGCCAGGUGAGGAGACGUUCCUCUGCAAGCCAAGGAGAGAAGCCUCGGAAGAAACCAGCCCUGCGGACCCCUUGGUCGUGAACUUCCAGCUUCCAGAACUGGGAGAAAUGCAUUUCUAUUGUUUAAGCCCCUGGGUCUGCAGUACUUUGUUAUAGCAGUCCCACAAACGAAUACAAAGUCCUAACCCC